CUCCUUUCCACUGGUCUCUUGCUGUCUUUGCUUUUUCUGCUUGGUAGGAUCUUUUAGCUGCUAAUAGAACCAGGCGUCUGUCUAGGACUUUAACUCCCUGAAUCCCACGGAGCCGCUUGUACAAAAGGUCGAUGUGUCAUUUGUCUCCAUAAAGCAUCAUUCCUUGUAUCACACCCGAAGCUCUCCAGCCCUCAGGCACUGUCACGGCAGAAGCAUGGCCAUCUCAUCACGCCUUGCACUGUGGGAGCAAAAGAUCAGGGAAGAGGACCAGAGUCCACCCCCUUCCUCAUCACCUCUGCUUUUCUCAGUGAUUCCUGGGGGAUUCAUCAAACAGCUUGUUCGGGAAACAGAGAAAGAAUCCAAGGUAGCUAAACGGAAAGAGAAAGGCACCUUGAACUCCAAAGAAGACCCUCCCGGGAAGCCUGAUGACAACCACGUGCAGCAGUUUGUGAUAAAGGAUGAGAACAUCCUUGAAGUAAGAGGAGAAAUGGCAAGUGAAGGGCAACUGCUGCAGAACGGCCUGAACGGAGAGAAGCACGAAGGGGAAAUGGCAGAGGAAGUUGCACCGAGAAAGACUCUUCCCUUCAAGAGAGUCAUGAAGAGGAGCAACAUCACGAAAGCCACCUCCCCGGCAUCUGAAAAGGCAGCAGCCACUCCCAAACCAGGGGAGACAAUCCCGCCAGAUGAGUCCAAGGUUACCAAACCUCCAUGUCCUGAGCAGAGCUCUAAGGGACAAUGUAAAGGGGAAAAUGCCCCUGCUGGUGCUCCAACAAGUGGUAAGGAUUUUCAGCACCACUCUGAAGAUCCUGCAAAGGAGGGCAGCUCACCGAGGAGAAAACAUCCUGAAAGUUCAGGGAAAGAGAGGGCAGUAAUGAAGAAGCAGCGGGAUCCCCAAAUCAAGGCUGAAAUCAAGAAGGGGCAAGGAGAGAUUAAGGAGAAGCCAGGGGAAAUCGAGGAGGAACCAGUGGAAAAUCAGAAGGAGUCUGUAGAAAUCAAGGAGUCAGGGGAAAGCACAGACUCAGACAAGGUUCAUGACGACGUGUGGUAUGAAACAGAGAAAGUUUGGCUUGUCCAGAAAGAUGGAUUUACGCUCGCUACUGUGCUGAAGCCGGAUGUGGGGACCCCGGAGCUGCCAGUUGGGAGGGUAAGGAUUCGCUUAGAAGCUGACGACACUGUUAUUGAGGUGGACGAGGAGGACGUUCACCGGACCAAUCCCUCCAAACUGGAUUACACAGAAGAUCUUGCAGCACUUCUCAGUCUGAAUGAAUCGAGUGUCAUUAACACACUCCAGCACCGGUACCAGUCCCAGCUCUGCCACACUUACGCAGGGCCCACCCUGAUUGCACUCAAGCCCAGCUGGGCCACUACUAACUACUCAGGAAAGGUGUUCAAAGGGAAGCGAGACAACAUGCCCCCUCACAUCUGCUCCGUGGCACAGAGAGCCUACUGGAGUCUGCUCAUGCACCAGCAGGACCAGGCAAUUGUGCCCUUGGGGAGAAGUGGUGCCGGGAAAACAACCUGCUGCCAGAGCGCUCUGGAAUACCUGGUGGGUGCCGCCCACAGUGUGGACAACAGAGUCUCAGUGGAGAAGAUUCAGGCCAUGUUCACAAUCCUCAAAGCUUUUGGGACAGUGACCACCUGUCACAAUGGUGCCUCCACUCGCUUCUCCAUGGUCAUGUCGCUGGAUUUCAAUGCCACAGGCCGAAUAACAGCCGCUCACCUCCAGACGAUGCUGUUGGAAAGGAUCCGUGUCGCACAGCAACCAGAAGGAGAGAGCAACUUCAGUGUCUUUUCUCAGAUGUUGGCAGGCCUGGACAUGGCUCACAGGACGAUGCUGCACUUGCACCAGAUGGCUCAGAGCAACUCCUUUGGUAUCGGGCCAUGUUCGAAGACUGAAGAGAAACAGAAGGCUUCUGUGGCAUUUGCCCAGCUUCAAGCUGCUAUGGAGACUUUGGGAAUCACCGUGGAUGAGCAGACUGCCAUUUGGCGUGUGUUAGCAGGGAUCUAUCACCUGGGAGCUGCAGGGGCAUGUAAAGUUGGCAGGAAGCAGUUCAUGAAAUUUGAGUGGGCUAACAAUGCUGCAGAUGUACUGGGCUGUGAUUUUGAGGAGCUCACAACAGCAGUCUUCAAGCACCAUCUGAAACAGAUAAUAGAACAGGUCACAUCUGGAACGAGUCGGCUGAGCAAAGAUGAGGAACAAAGUGCUGGGCCCAAGAUGACGGGAGUGGAAUGUGUGGAGGGGAUGGCUGCAGGUCUCUAUGAAGAACUGUUUGCUGCUGUUGUCUCUCUGAUCAACAGGUCUUUUUCAUCCAGUCACCUCUCCAUGGCUUCCAUCAUGGUGGUGGACACCCCUGGUUUCCACAACCCUCGACACCAGAAGAAGGAGCGAGCAGCUACUUUUGAAGAACUUUGUCACAACUAUGUGCAUGAGCAGCUGCAGGCACUGUUCUACAAGAGAACGUUCAUGUCCGAGCUGGAGAGGUACAGGGAGGAAAAUGUUGAGGUGCCUUUUGAUCUGCCAGAGCUCUCUCCGAUGGCCAUGGUGUCUGUCAUCGAUCAGAACUCCUCACAGCUGCAGGUGCCACCUGGGGGCCAGGCGGAAGAGCCCAAGGGCUUGCUCUGGAUUCUGGAUGAAGAGGUUCUGAUUCCGGGCUCCAGCGACAGCACGGUGCUCAACCGCCUGUGCUCGUACUUUGCCAAGAAGGGCACAGAGAGUGAGGAGGAAGGCUUCCUUCGCAAGUGUGAGCAGAUGCUGCAGUUUGAGAUCUUCCACCAACUGGGCAAAGAUCCCGUUCGCUACGACCUCACUGGCUGGAUGAAUAAAGCCAAGCUGAAUCUGUCAGCCCAAAACUCCAUUCAAGUCCUGCAGCAAUCCAAAAUAGAUGCUCUGAAGAAGUUGUUUCUGCCUCGGUCCAAAAUGCCCCUGAUUUGCCGAUCAGUGGCAGGUCUGGAGGGAAAUUCCCAGCAAGCUUUGCAGCGUACUGGUUGUGUGAGGAAGACCUUCACCAGCAGCUUGGCAGCUGUGAAGAAGAAAUCUGUGUGUGCUCAGAUCAAACUUCAGAUGGAUGCUCUCACAAAUCUGGUAAAACGAUCCCAGAUACACUUUGUCCAUUGUCUUGUUCCAAGAGUGGGAGCAGAUGGCGCAGAAGGGAAGCCCUCCCGUCCCUGCAUCACAGGAGAAGCAGAGCUGACUGUGGACGUACCAACCCUGAGAGUUCAGUUGUCUGGGGCCCAGCUAUUAGAUGCUUUACGCUUGUACAGAAUCGGAAUACCAGAUGAGAAUAAGGCAAUAGAAGAACUCUUCCAGGUACUUGAUCUGGAAAAGAAAAGUGUAGCAGUGGGACGCAGUCAGGUUUUUCUGAAGCCGGGCGUAGUCUCCAGGCUGGAGAAGCAGCGGGAGAAGCUGAUAUCCCAGAACAUGAUUCUGCUCCAGGCAGCUUGCAAGGGCUUCCUCUCCCGCCAGAAAUUCAAGAGAUUAAAGAUUCAGCGCUUAGCCAUUCGGUGCAUCCAGAAGAAUCUGGAGGUGUUCCACGUGGUGAAGGACUGGCCAUGGUGGCAGCUGAUGAGCUGUGUUCGGCCAUUGAUUAGUGUGAACAUAGUGGAAGACCAGCUCCGGGUCAAAGACGAGGAGCUUGCAGCACUAAGAAGAAAGCUCGAAAAAUCAGAGCAGUCACGUAGUGAACUUCGGCAGAACACAGAACUGUUGGAAAGCAAGAUUUUAGACUUGACGACCGAACUCUCGGACGAGCGGUUCAAAGGCGAAACGGCCUGCCAGGUCCUAGAAGGUGAACGGGCUGAGCGGCUCCGGGGGUCACGAGAGAUAAAAGAACUGCAGAGUAAAUACGAUCAAGUGCAGAAGAAAUUGGAGUCCGUGGAAAAGCAACUGGAAGAAGCUCAGAAGCAAAUUCAGUUGCGUGAAAUUGGGAUAAGUGGUGCUGCUGGAGACGAGGAGUGGCAGAUGCGAUUUGACUGUGCUCAGACGGAAAUCACGUUUCUCAGGAAACGCCUGGCACAGCUUGAAGAGAGGCUGGAAUCUGACUUGAACUGUAGGAAAGAGCUGGAGCAAAAGCUCGGUGAGGUGCAGAGCACCUAUGAGGGUGCCAAGAAGGUGGCACAGCAGAUGAAGAGGAAGUGCAAACACUUGGCCUGUGAUCUGGAGGACACACGGGUCCUGAUGGAAAGUCUGCAGAGCCGCAAUCAUGAACUGGAGAAGAAACAGAAAAAGUUUGACAUGCAGCUAGCCCAGGCCUUGGGAGAGUCAGUGUUUGAAAAGAGCCUUCGUGAAAAAGUGACCCAGGAGAAUACCACCAUCAGAUGGGAGCUGGGUAAUCUUCAGCAGAGGUUAGAGCAAAAGGACCUGGAAACUUCUAAUCUGAAUCAGCGAAUUGCAGUGCUGGCCACCCGAGUGCAGGAGCUCACCUCCCCAGAGGCCUGGGACAAGGAUUCUGUGGCUACCCUAAGGAAGAAGCUUUGGGAGCUUGAGUCCAGUGCUGCUGAACAGCAGAAAGAACUGACCCGACAUGCAAAUACUGUUGAGCAGCUGGAACAGCUCCACAUGCGGCUUGAAAUGGAAAUAGAACGAAUGAAGCAGAUGCACCAGAAGGAACUGGAAGACAAGGAAGAGGAGAUGGAGGAUGUUCGCCAGUCCUGUCAGAGGAGGCUUCGUCAGUUGGAGAUGCAGUUGGAGCAGGAAUUUCAGGAGAAGCAGAUGGUGCUCCACAAGAAGCAGGAUCUGGAAGGGCUCAUUGGGACCCUCUGUGAGCAGAUUGGUCAUCGGGACUUCGACGUAGAGAAGCGGCUUCGGCGGGACCUGAAGAGGACACACGCUCUGCUCGCAGAUGUGCAGCUCCUGCUAGUGACAGCAGGAGAGCACAGUCUGUCUGUCAGUAAAGAGGAGCUUGAGAAAGUUCGCAGUCAGUGGGAAGAGAGCAAAGCCCAAUGUGCAGAGGCCCAGAAGUCCCAGAAGGCGCUGGCUCUGGAGCUGGAGAACCUGCAUGUGGAGCUGGAGACAAUCAGCAGGAACAAAAACCUGGUUGAUGAGCACCUAUAUCAGCUGCAGCACGAGAAAGCUGAUCUCCUGAAACGCAUUGAUGAGGACCAGGAGGAUCUGAACGAACUUAUGACAAAGCACAAGGCUCUGAUUGCACAGUCUGCAGUGGACAUUACUCAGAUUCGAGAGUUACAGACACAGCUGGAGGAAGUGAAGAAAGAGAAACAAAGUCUUCAAGAGAAACUGCAGGCUGCUCAGGCCCGGAUUGCGUACGUGGAGCAGUCGAUGGUCGAACGUUCAAUCGUCUGUCGACAGGAAGCCCUGAUCUGCGAUCUGGAGAACAAGCUGGAGUUUCAGAGUGUGCAGAUCAAGCGGUUCGAGAUGCUUCUCCUUCGGUUGCGAGACAGUGUAAUAAAGAUGAGUGAGGAACUGGAGAAGGCCGCAGAGUCAGAGGCUCGAGAGAAGGAGAACACCAAGUAUUACCAGAUGCGCAUGGAGGAGAUGAAAGCAGAUAUGAAUGAGCUGGUGCAGAGAGAGCUGGAAGCCAGUCGCAGGCGUAUGGAGCUGGAGAAGCAGGUAGAGGAGCUGUUUGCAGUGAGGCAGACCUUGCAAGCUGACCUGGAAACCUCGAUCAGACGCAUUGCGGAUCUGCAGGUCGCCCUCGAAGAGGUGCAAUCCAGUGAUGAAAGUGAUACAGAAAGUGUCCAGACGGCCCUGGAAUCUGCCUGUUUAAGAAGAGAUAUGGACAAUCAGUCUAGUUUAGGCUCCACUCUAAGUCUGGAGCCAAAAGAAAGCAUCAAAUCCUGGACGAGGUCUUCAGUGGGCUGGUCAUCACCUUCAGGUCCCAGUGUAGCUGGAAGUCUCUCAAGGCAAUCCCUGGGCAGCUGCAGCACCCCGAGCCUGAGGAUGAACAAAGAAAUCAAAGAUCAAGAAAUGAACCAACCAGCUUCUGCACUGAGUGCUUGGAGAGGGCAAUACAGAAGAACUAUGGAUGAGACAGAUUUUGGCAAGGAUGUGAGCCAUUUAGCUGGCACUCAAAGAUGGGAAUUAGGAAGAAUUGCGGAUAAGGAGAUUGACAGUCAGAAAAAAGCCAUGGAUAAAUUAGGAGCUAUAUCUCCAUCUGUGAUGAGAAGGAGGUCGUCAUCUACAGCAGAAGAGACGUUUCCAACCUCUUCAUCUGCACUUUCUGAAUAUGUAGAAGAGCUGAGGAGGAAACAGGCAACAGAGAAAGAGCAGGGAACAUUAGGAUUAGAGGACGCCUCUCCCCUGCCAAUCUACCAAACAACUGGUGCCUCCUCCCUGAGAAGAUGCAGGACUUUCAAAGAGGAUGAUGAGUUCCCAAUGAAGUUUGGAGUCAAUGAAAGUACAGAAAGUGAAGGAGUGCCUGCAGGAGCUAGCCUAGUGCGUUCAUCCAGUUUAAAAUGCAUAUCAUCUGAGAACACAGAGCCAGCAUGCUCCCCAGCUCUCAAAAGAAUAUCAAAGUUUGGCUCCUGUGACUCACUCUUACAAAAUAUUGAUAAUUCCUGCUUAAAGCUGAGUUCACCAGCUGUAGGAGCAGAUACAUUCAAUACAUCGAGACUUAAGCCAUGGAGAAGUUACCUUGAGCCAUCACUAGAUGACACAGCCAGCACUGAUCUGGGGAAAGAUUCUCUGGUAUUUCAGAGUAAGAAAUUCAGUGAUGUUAUGGCUGAAGGAAAGGAAAGCAACUUGUUCCCUUGGAAAAUACCAACUCUCAACUAUGAAAGGAGAACAAAUGUUGAUUUUGAUUACUUCCUUCCAGCAAUUCGCAAAUCGCAGUCAACAAGCAGUUUGUCCAGACCUGUCAAGGACAGGAGAGAAGGCCAGAGGCCAAUGAGCGUUCAUUUUGAAGACCAGGAUAUGGCAGUCAGCACUUUUUUGUCUGAAAUAAAGACCAUUUCAAAGGCCAAAGAGGAUGCUGGAAACCUCUCCGACUCAUCUUCAUCCUCUGGCUCGAUCGUUUCAUUUAAAAGUGCUGACAGCGUCAAGAGCCGACCAAAGAUUCAAAGACCAGAAGGUGAAGGAUGCGCCAGAAAACUAAUCAUUGAAGGUGCUAAAGAUGACAGGCGAUGGGAGGCAGAAGGGAAAGAAGAAGAUGUCAAUAGCAUUAUGAUGAAAUAUCUAGGAAAAGAUUAAGCGAGAACAGGCAGUUGAAAACAAAAUGCAUGUAUUGAAAAGUCCACCACUACGUAAGUGCAGCCCACUGCUGCGGGGAGGUUUAGGAGACAUCUCUCAAUGUAUACACACUCCCUAGAGUCAUCUGCACUUAAGUCAUAAUAAACAAAAUUCUUGGCAA